UGUUGAAGAAAGACGAAACCAGGAGCCGUCAUUUGUAUUUGUCGUCAUCAUCAGUAUCAGUAAUAUAUAAGUGUCAGCUUGAACCCUGUUGUGGCUAGCCAGCCUUCUCCUCUCCCCCCCUCUCUCUCUGACACUUACUAGGGCAUUUUCUCUGAAAAUCACUGAUGGAAAGUGAGAACCCUGCCGCAGAUCAGCUUCCAGAGGCAGAAUCGUUGCCAGAUGGUUUCAGCUCAACCACUGACCCGCUGCCACCCCAACCACACCACAAGGAGGAAAACUUAAUUCAUCCCCAGCCUACCAACUGUGAAAAAUCACAUCCCAAGUAUAUGGAGGACUCUGGAGGAGACCCGAGCCAAAAUAUUUCAGCUGUCAAGGAGAUAUCAUUACCAGAGAGUGUUGAAAACAAAAAAGUAGAUGCCUCUGAAACCAAACGGAAGAUGGUAAAACGUACCUUUAAGUCUGAAAAAGAGUUUUUGGAAUUCACUUUGAAGUAUCAGCAGGUUCUUGCAGAAAGAGAUUCAGCUAUUGCUGUUCGGGAUAAACUGGAGUCAUUGUGCCGUGAGUUGCAGCGCCAAAACAAAGUAUUAAUGGAAGAAUGCAAACGGGUGUCAUCCGAGGGUCAAAAUCUGAGGCUGGAUCUUUCGAACAAGUUUCAAGAUGCAAUUAAGGACGUAAGCAGCAAGCUGGAAGAACAAAAAGAUGAAUGUCUAUUGCAGUUGAAGGAGAAUGAGAUGUUAAAGAGCAAGUUGAAGCAACUUGCAGAUCAGUAUACUCUCUCUGAACAUCAAUUUGCAAACAAGAUGAAGCAAAAGAGUCUUGAACUUCAGCUUGCUGAUUUGAAAAUUAAGCAACACGAGGAGAAAUCACAGCAGGAACAGUCCCAGAUGAAAAUUUAUGCUGACCAAGUGUCGCAAUUACUGGCAACAGAGAAGAACUUACGGUUGCAAUUGACUGCCGAUGGAGAAAAGUUCCAGCAGUUCCAGGAAGCUUUGCUGAAGAGCAAUGAGGUUUUUGAAACGUUUAAGCAAGAUAUUGAGAAGAUGGCAAAAUCAUUAAAAGAACUCAAGAAGGAGAAUGCUUUCUUGAAGGGCAAAUGUGACAAGUCAGAUGUUACUCUUAUAGAACUUGCUGAGGAGCGUGAAUUCUUGAAGAAACAGUUGGAGAAAACAAGGAACCAGAAAGAGAAGCUAGAAGCAUUGUGUAGAUCGCUUCAAGCAGAAAGGAAAGCACAUUUAUUAGCUUCCAGCAACUCAGAUUCAGUUAAAGCUUGAAGAUUUCUUUAUAUUAAAUCAUACUUUGAAGGUUUUGGCUGCACAUAUUGAAUCAAGAAACGAUCCGUCUGAUUUACUCUUUUUUUCUAUUCUUGCUACUAUUUCUAUUUUUGUUGCAGGGAAGGAAACAUUUCAAUUUGUUACCACUAACCUGGUACCAAGUGACAAUAGAUUACCUAGAACCAUCUUGUAGGGGAGAAUGUUGUUUUCCUUGAUUUACCAAGCGUAUGUUGAAUGAAUCCGUUUAAUCUCUCUGCUCAUUUCUUUUAA